UCCAUACAAUUUCGGAAACCCAAUGUGGCCCUCAGGGCAAAAAGUUUGCCCGCCCCUGCUCUAAUUGCUUUCUCUGCUGAAACGAAGGAAGAUGGUAAAGGAAUAAAAAUUAUUUUCUAGAUCUUUCCCAAUAAAGAUGUGUUAGAGUAGGUGGCUUUCACAGCAUUUAAUCUGUCCAUAUGCAAAUAUAGGACCCUGGAAUUUCAAUUAUGUCCCACAUGCUAAGGCCCCAUUGCAAUGCCCAUUGGAGUCAAUGGGAGUUCAUCCAUUCACUUCAUUCAACACUGGAUCAGUUCGAAAUGAGGAAUUCAUUUUUUAAAAUAGCAAAACUUUGGGGGUUCCGUUCCUUACUAUGAAAAUUUCCAUACCCUGAUCAAGUAGAGUUCCUGAUUCCACUCUUUUACAGACAUAAAAAGAGGGAGAACAUAAGGUGGGAAAGAGUUAGAUUUGGAUCUAAAAUAUGAGACAGUUGAGAGAGAUGUUUGGUUUGGCAGUCGAAAUAUAUAAUUUGAUGCUUGGCAUUGUCAUGGUCUUAGCUACUAACUCUGUCAAAGCAAAUGUUCCCUUCUAGGAAUAAGGAAUACUGUAAGUUACCAGUGCCUAGAUGGUGGUUUUAGAUUAUAGAGAAUGGAAUCCUAUUUUAAUGUGCACACCACAUUUGUUAAUAGAGUGGGCUUUAUAGAAAUCACUCAGAUAGAUAUGUUUCAAAUUGGACCCUACUCUGACAUUAAAAAGGUGUUUGUCUUAGAACAAUUCACUGUAAAAUCUAAUAUUUUUUAGACCAAGAGCCUGUUACCACUGCAUUACUCCAGUUGUGUGCCAAUGUGUAACACCACUGAUUUCAUUGGCAUCACAGUGGUAUAUAAAAGAGAAAUGCCAUGGUGUAUCAAACCUCAAAGGGCACAGUAGUCCCACUGAAAUCAACGGGACUACUCACAGUAAUAAAGGCACCUUAACAUUUAUUAACUGUGUCAAUGUGAAGUGGGGAACCAGAGUACAAGAUCUGUUCACAUAUGCAAAAGUUAUGGCCCUUAUCAUGAUCAUCUCGGUGGGUCUUUAUAAAAUUAGUAAAGGAGAAACAGAAAAUCUUAAAGCUCCAUUUGAAGGUUCAACAACUGAUGUAGGAUGUAUAGCACUUGCUCUGUAUUCAGCCCUCUUUUCCUACUCUGGAUGGGAUACCCUGAAUUAUGUCACUGAGGAGAUGAGGAAUCCUGAAAGGAAUCUACCCCUCUCAAUUGCAAUUUCAAUGCCUAUUGUGACCAUUAUUUACUUGAUGACUAAUGUAGCAUACUAUGUAGUGUUGGACAUGCCAGCUCUUCUAACAAGCGACGCAGUGGCAGUGACAUUUGGUAAUGAAACCCUUAGUUAUGCUAAGUGGAUAAUUCCUAUUGCAGUGGCCAUGUCCUGUUAUGGUGGAUUAAACUCAUCAACUAUUGCAGCUUCCAGGCUUUUUUAUGUUGGAGCCAGAGAAGGACACCUUCCUGAUAGUUUGAGUUUGAUUCAUAUAAAGUGUUUCACACCAAUCCCUGCUCUUUUCUUUAAUGGUUUAAUGACUUUGCUCUACCUCCUUGUGGAAGAUGUCUUUCUCCUCAUUAAUUACUACAGCUUCAACUACUGGCUGUAUGUUGGGCUGUCUAUUGCAGGAUUAAUAUACCUGAGACAUACUCAGCCUGAUAGGCCACGGCCUAUUAAACUCAGCCUCUUCUUUCCUGUAGUAUACUGUUUAUGUUCCAUUUUCCUGGUCCUGGUUCCUCUCUACAGCGAUACAAUCAAUACCCUCAUUGGAAUUGGCAUAGCCCUCUCUGGAAUUCCUGCAUAUUAUUUGGGAGUUUAUUUACCAUCUGAAAAGAAACCUAAAUGUCUUCAGUGGCUCUCUGCCACAACAACAAAAUAUGUUCAGAUGUUGUUCUACUGUUGUCUGACAGACUUGGACACUGAAGUGGAUCAGACAGAAGCUAAAGCCAAAUAGGGUUGUCUGGACAUUUACAUACUUGAAGCAUUUUUAGUGUCUGAAAUUCUUUGUGUAGGGUUGGUUGCACGAAAGUACCAACAAUUACACUGUGCAUCAGUUUGAUGUUAAUUAUUUUUGUGCUUAUUUUAUUAGCCCCUUCACUGCCAAGGGUAUUUACCAAUCCCUGUUCUACAGGAUUUUUUUCUAAUUUUGUUUAUUAAUGCUGAUUGAUUACCUGGUGAUUGUGAAGUGCUUUGAAAAUAUAAAGCACUGUAUGAAUAAGCUCUUCAUGUUACAUAAGUGUUAGUUUUUGCAAGCCUUUUGGAAUAAAUCUAUCCAGUGCAAAGCAGAAUCUUGAGAAAUAAAAAGACAAAUGAAAGAAUACAAUGCAAAUCAGAAACUUACUAGAUUUACAUUUCUAAAGAUAAGGCAGGAGAAGAAAGUCACAAUAUAAAUUUAAGAUUUGUAUUGCAAUUAGUAAAUUUGUUUCUCAGCAAAAAAGUUUAAGUAGGCAGGCAAGCAUUUUCAAGGUAUAAAUGCAUCACUAGAACAAAAAAAAUCUAAUCCAUGUUCCCCUAAGUAGAUCCCAGCAGACACAUUUAAUUCAGUUACAAGAAGAAUACAAGGGAAGUGGACUAUCUGAAAAAUAAAAGCUCUGUGCUAAACCUUAUGUGAGGACAUACAACAAUUGUCAUCUUUUUGCAGUAGAGGCAUUUCAGAUGACAAAUUAGUUCACAUAGUUGUUGUCACAGGUGUGCCAGAUCUCUUGCAGAUCAGCUAGUCAUGGAAUAGGAUAAAAAGACUGCAAGUUCUACUUCAGUAUAUGUACAUUCAGGGGUAAGCACAUCACCUUUCUAUAGUGCCUGUGUUCACCUACAAACAUCAAAAAAUGUGGCCUCAUAAACCAUAGUAGAUAUGCUGGUUGAUUUUCAUUUAAGAAGGAAUGAAGCAUCCAUCUCCUGAAAACGUAGAAGACAAAAUAAACAUCCUGAAAGAACUAUCUGGGACUUAGGCCCCAGAGGCAAUUCCUCUAGCCUUUCUUGAUAUACACUAUACUUUGUCAUCCUGUAGGAUGUGUUACACUUACUUUCCAUAAUGCUAUUGGAAUAUAUAUAAUAUUCUGUGUGUA